CAUAUUUGCAGCGACACAUAUAUAAUUCCAUAGGACUGCCACUGCUCAAGGUAUACUCCUUGGAUACUUUAGUAAUGGCUCGCAUGUGUUUGUUGUCGGCUCUGGUCAUUUCAGCCUGCAUGAUCUUAGUUAAAGGAGAGUUAAUUGGAGAUACUGCAAAAAAGAGAUACAACACCAAUCCAGGGACGGGGAAUGGGAAGGCUUACGUGGCAACGAAGCAUCCACUCAAAGAAGGACAGUUGCAAAAAUUUGAAGUUUACAUUCAUAAAGCAACUACUAGAACUGUCUCCGCUAGACUGUUCAUAUGGUCUCGAGUAGGAACCAGCAAUGAGUUUGUCUUAGACUAUUCUAUCCCCGCCGAACUGCCGAAAGAAGAAGGGUUGUUCCCUGUGAUUGUGCCCGACCCUAAACCAUGGGUCAAGGAAGGGUCAUUUAUGGGCUGGGCGUAUCAAAGCCCUGGGGAUGUGAUCAGCUUCGAUUACAAUACCCAAUUCAACACAGAAUUCAGCUUCACCCUCCAAGCAGGCGAUCCCUUCCCCUGGCCAAUUCUCGAAGAGACUUACACGUUUGAUGCUACACCACUUAGAUUUGAGCACGCUAUUGCAGUGGAUAUAACUGUUGGAACCAAACCAACGACCACAAUUACUACUACCACCACUGCACAAACAACUACUACCACAACUGCUGCUGCUCCUGUUGCUAGUGAUACAGAUACGAGAAAAGGCCUGAUAUUGGACUUGCCCAGAAUGGGUUAG